AUCUGCUCCAAACUGACGCGUCCAUGGAGUGAGGCAGCAGCAGCAGUCUGAGGAUGAGACAGAUUAAUGGAGGGUCCUGUUCUCUGAGACCAAGAGAAGGUUUCUGUGACCGAAUGAUGUCAGAACGGUGCAGGGGAGGGAUGGAGCUGUAUCCCUGCGAACAUCCGGAGCCGACAAGUUAUCCGGCUCCUGUAUCCAUGGCAACUAGAGGCGGAUACCUCUUUCCCCCCUAUGAGCCCCCCUUCUCCAUCUCUAUCCUUCGCUCCCUGCCUCCCCCUCCCCACCAUGUAGAAGAUGGCUGGUUCCCUUUUGCUGGAGUGGCCUGGAAAAAAUCAGACGGGCACCCCCUACGUACAGCUUCUAAGUGUCCUCGCCACUACCAUCUCCAGCUGGGUCACCACUGAGACCUGGCAGCAGAAUAGUCAUACCCAUAUUUUGGUCUUCCCACAAAGCCCUUAUCUCUUUUUUCUCAUCUUUUCCCACUCCCCUCUUUUUCCCCUCCUGCCACUUGACUACCCACCAAGCCUGGCCCCACUAAAUAUCACUGUUAUUGGAAAUGGAGCAGCACAGAAGGAGAAGGGGGCGCUGACCAAAGGCUAGUUGGAGCCGGCCUCCAACAUGGCUAAUGGCAGUGAUUCCGAGGAGCUGUCUGGCUCACUUACCCAGUCAACAGCCAUCUCCACCCACCUCAAGCUGGUGCUACUGGGUUUCAUUAUAUGUGCCAGCUUGGCAGGCAACCUACUGGUUUCCCUGCUAGUGUUAAAAGACCGCUCCCUGCACAAGGCUCCUUACUACUUUUUGUUGGAUCUCUGUCUUGCUGAUGCUGUUAGAUCAUCUGCCUGCUUUCCAUUUGUCCUGCUUUCCAUCCGCAAUGGCUCAGCCUGGGCCUACAGCCUAUUAAGCUGCAAGGUUGUGGCCUUCAUGGCAGUCCUGUUUUGCUUUCAUGCUUCAUUCAUGCUCUUCUGUAUUAGUGUUACUCGCUACAUGGCCAUUGCCCAUCAUCGAUUCUAUUCCAAGAGAAUGACCCUCUGGACGUGCAUUGCAGUUAUAUGCAUGGUCUGGACACUUUCGGUUGCCAUGGCCUUUCCACCAGUCUUUGAUGUGGGUACUUACAAAUUUAUACGUGAAGAGGACCAAUGCAUAUUUGAGCAUCGAUACUUUAAAGCCAAUGAUACCCUUGGAUUUAUGCUCAUGCUGGCGGUGCUUAUUGUUGCAACUCAUAUUGUCUAUGCCAAACUACUCCUCUUUGAGUACCGCCAUCGCAAAAUGAAGCCGGUGCAGAUGGUGCCAGCCAUCAGCCAAAACUGGACAUUCCAUGGGCCAGGAGCCACAGGGCAGGCUGCUGCCAACUGGAUUGCUGGAUUUGGAAGGGGGCCAAUGCCACCAACUUUGCUGGGUAUACGUCAAAACACCCACACUGCCAACAGGCGUCUCUUGGGGAUGGAUGAGUUUAAAAGUGAAAAGAGGUUGGGACGGAUGUUUUAUGGGAUUACCCUCAGCUUCUUGGUGCUGUGGUCACCCUACAUUGUGGCCUGUUAUUGGAGGGUGUUUGUGAAAACCUGCAGUAUCCCUCAUCGCUAUUUGUCCACUGCAGUGUGGAUGACUUUCACUCAGGCUGGGGUAAACCCUAUAAUGUGUUUCCUACUCAAUAAAGACCUGAAGAGCUGCCUUCAGCUCCACAUCCCAUGCUGGAGGACGAAAGCCUUGCUACCCAGGGAGCCUUACUGCGUAAUGUAACAAGGAAACCAUUCCACUCCCAAACUCACACUAACCUCAGUGAUUGGGAGUUGUGGAUUUACAUGACCAAGUUGGCACAAUCGAGGAGUCGAUAUGUUGGACCAACUUAACAAUGAGGAAAACACACAAAACAACAAGUUGAAAAGACUAAAGCCUUUUUAAAAAAAACAAAAACAAAUAAUGUUUCCUUUUUUUAGAGAUGUAAUUGGCAAAAGAAAGACUUGGCGGGUGGGGGGUUGGGAGGGGUGUGUGAGAAUUUCUGGGAUGUCUCUUUUUUUAUUCCAGCUAGUGCAUAAAGGGAGAUUGGUGAUGGCUGGGAGGGGGGUGGUGAUGGAGGCAAUGCAAAGUGCGUUUGGUGGGAGGGAAGGCUGACGGGAAUUUAUGUAUUUGUUUAUGGGCAUAUUUAUUGAAAUGGUUAUAAUGCCACUACUUGUAUUAAUGUCUUUUGAUUGAUACAAAUGUGAGGGAAUUUG